AUGAGCAAUCUUAAGCGAAAGGAUGCCCCUGGCGGUCAUCCUCCUGCUAAAUCCGCCAAGCAGUCCAAAGAGGCGAACCCAUCCAAGACCGACACGCCCAAGCCCACCGACGCCCCGAAAAACGCCGUCGUUUCCCGCCUCAAAGACGAGGAGCCUCUCUUUCCCCGAGGCGGCGCCAGCGUUCUCACACCUCUCGAACAGAAGCAGAUCCAAUUGGAGGCCAAGGCUGACGCUGCGCACGAUGACGAAUUUUCCACCGGUGGAAAACCCCAGAAGAAACAGAAGCGAGUCGGCGCCUCCAAAAAAUCGGACAAGAAAACCGAGACCAAGUCCGACGACGACUCUGUAAAGAUUGAGAGUCUCAACUUCAAGAAAUUGGUCAAGGGCUCCAUCGUUCUCGGUCAAAUCACACGCAUCAACAACCUCGCUCUCGAAGUCGCUCUGCCCAAUAACCUGACCGGCCACGUCUCCAUUGUGGCCAUAUCUGAACAGCUUACGAAUCGACUGCAAAGCGGCGCCAAAGAUGAGGAUGUCGACGAAAAGGAAGACGAAUCCGACGGCGAAGGCGAGGACGUUGACCUAAAGUCCAUUUUCGAGGUUGGCCAAUUCCUUCGCGCCUAUGUUCUCUCUACAGUGGACGGCGCUGUUUCCGGCAAAAGCAAGCGCAAGAUUGAGCUCUCUCUGCGACCUACCGAAGCCAAUACAGGCCUCACGAAAGACGAUGCCGUACCCCAUUGCACGGUCGCCGCCGCUGUCGCCAGUGUCGAGGACCACGGAUGCAUCAUGGAUCUUGGAAUUGACGGCCUGAGCGGAUUCCUCCCCAACGCCGAAAUCGAUGCCACUUUCAAACGCGAACGCCUGCAGGAAGGCGCCGUAUUUCUCUCUCAAGUCACCGCCAACCAGGGCAGCGGGAAGGUCGCUCAGCUCACCCUCAAGCAGGACAAAAUCGGCAAAGUCAGCAACCACCCGGCCGAGGCGACAACCAUCAACACAUUCCUCCCUGGUACCGCCGUCAACGUUCUCAUUACCGGAAACAGCAGCAGUGGUGUGACUGGAAAAAUCAUGGGACACGUCGACGCAACAGCCGACCUCAUCCACUCCGGUAUCGGGCCCUUUGGUACCGAUGUCGAAUCGAAAUACAAAAUUGGCUCCAAGGUCAAGGCCAGAAUCAUCUGCAACUUUCCUACAUCAAAAGACCCCAAGCUGGGCAUCACACUGCUUCCGCACUUGAUGGCUCUUACCAAGAAGCGCCCCGAGGGCCCGAAGCGCUCCAGUCUUCCCCUACAAGUCAUCCCUAUUGCUUCGAUUGUCGAGCAGUGCACUGUCCGUCAUGUGGAAGCCGACAUGGGCUUGUUUGUUGACGUAGGCGUUCCUGGCUUGUGUGGUUUCGUUCAUAUCUCCCGUGUCAAGGACGGCAAGGUCGAUGCCCUCUACGAAUCCAGUGGCCCUUACAAGGCUGGCUCAACACACAAGGGUCGCGUUGUUGGCUACAGUGAAAUCGACGGCGUCUUUCAGCUUUCAUUCCAAAAAACUGUCCUCGAGCAAAAGUAUAUCCGCCAAGAAGAUGUGCCUGUUGGAGCCGUCUUGACAUGCGACAUUGAAAAGCUUAUUAUCAACGAAGACGGUGUCAAUGGUCUUACUCUCCAGAUUGCCGAAGGAAUCACUGGAUUUGUGCCUGAACGCCACCUCUCCGACGUCAAGCUGCAACAUCCCGAGAAGAAAUUUCGCCAGGGCAUGAAGAUCAAGGCUCGCGUACUGAGUAAUGACCUGAUCAAGAAGAGAAUCAGACUUACGCUCAAGAAGACUCUUGUAAACUCUGAAACCCCUAUUAUUCGAAGCUACGACGAUGUCAAGGUCGGUAGCCAGGCUCUCGGCACAAUCAUUAAGCUUGAGAGCAGUGGUGCCCGAAUCCAGUUCUACGAUGAGCUACGCGGAUUCCUGCCCAUUUCCGAAAUGAGCGAGGCCUACAUUCGUGACCCCUCAGAACACUUCCGCGUUGGCCAAGUUGUCAGCGUUCAUGUGCUCGACGUUGAUCCUGAGCGAAGGCGCCUGGUUGUCUCUUGCAAGGAUCCUGGCGCGUUCGGCCUAGAGAAACAGAACGCGCUAAAGAACAUUUCACUUGGAGACAUUGUUUCUGCCAAGGUUACGCAAAAGUCGGAAGAUCAAGUAUUUGUCGAGCUCGAGGGCAGCCUCCUCAAGGCCAUCCUCCCGGUCAGCCAUCUCACCGACAAAUCUGCGUCCAAGAAUCAAUUUGCGCUCAAGAGGGUUUCUGCUGGUCAGACUCUGUCAAAUCUCGUUGUUAUUGAUAAGAACGACAGCCGCCGCUCAAUUACCCUAACGCAAAAGCCCAGCCUAGUCCAUGCUGCCGCGGAAGGAAGGCUACUCAAGUCUUUUGAGCAGGCCAGGCCGGGCAAACUUUUUGCUGGCUUUGUCAAAAAUAUCACAGCUACUGCGGUGUUUGUUCAAUUUGCAGGGUCACUCAACGCACUGCUUCCCAAGGCACGUCUUGCCCCCGAGGCUCAAGCCAAACCCGAUUUUGGUCUGCACAAGAACGACUCUAUCGAAGUCCGCAUUGUAUCGACCAUUCCCGAUCUCAACCGCAUCAUGGUCGCCCCAGCCUCCGCGCCUGCUGAUCAGGAUAUCGCUGGCAAGAGCGAAUCUGCAAAGGCUGCUCCCGCUGAUGGUCUUGCCUUUGGCUCCAUCACCCAAGCCAAGGUUACCUCGAUCAAGGAAACACAGCUGAACGUCCAGAUUGUCGAUUCUGGUGUGCAGGGCCGAAUCGAUGUUGCCAACGUGUUUGGCAGCUGGGACGACAUUCCAGACCCGAAGCACCCCCUCGCCACGUUCCACAAAGGCCAAGUGUUGCGCGUCAAGGUUGUGGGCGUACACGAUGCUAAGGACCACCGCUUCCUGCCCAUUUCCCACAGAUCUGCCCAUUCCAUCUUGGAGCUCACCACGCGCCAAACUGACCUGGAUGACACCACGCCCAAUGAGCUCACCUUUGAAUCCCUCAAGGUUGGACAGACCCACGUCGCCUUUGUGAACAACUUGACGCAACAAUAUCUCUGGGUCAACUUGUCGCCCUCUGUCCGUGGCCGCAUCUCUGCCAUGGAAGCUUCCGAUGAUUUGUCUCAACUGAACGACUUGGAGGGCAACUUCCCCCCUGGCUCUGCUCUCAAGGUCCGCGUCGUAUCGAUCAAUGCCGAAAAUAACCAUCUUGAUCUCUCUGCGCGCUCUGCAUCCUCCAAUGAUAUCGUAAGCUGGGAUUCUAUCAAAGCCAAUAUGAUUCUUCCCGGAAAGAUUACCAAGGUCAAUGAGCGGCAGAUUCUUGUCAAGCUCAGCGAAUCAGUUUCUGGGCCCGUCCACCUGCCCGACAUGGCCGACAACUUUGACGGGGUCAACACUACCCAGUACCGCAAAGGUGAGAUUGUCCGCGUCGCAGUAGUUGACGUGGACAAGAGCAACAAGCGACUCCGCCUUUCCACGCGUCCGUCCCGUAUCAUGAGCUCUACUCUGCCCGUCAAGGACAAGGAGAUUAGCGAUAUUGCGCAACUCUCUUCUGGUGACAUUGUUCGAGGAUUCGUCAAGAAUGUAGCCGACAAGGGUCUCUUCGUUCUGCUGGGCGGACAGGUUUCUGCCCUGGUCAAGAUCUCUAACCUGUCGGACCGCUACUUGAAGGAGUGGAAAGAUGAGUUUCAGGUUGACCAAAUGGUCAAGGGUCGCAUUAUUUUUAUUGAUAAUGCCGCUAAGCAGAUAGAAAUGAGCCUCAAGUCCUCCGUCGUCGACGAAGACUACACACCGCCCAUGACGUACAGGGAUAUCUCGGUUGGCCAGAUUGUUACCGGCAAGGUGCGCAAGGUAGCGGAUUUUGGUGCUUUCAUCCUGAUCGACAACUCGGCCAACGUCAGUGGCCUGUGCCAUCGCAGCCAAAUGGCCGAGAACCGCGUGCAGGAUGCUACCAAACUCUACAAGGAGGGCGAUGUCGUCAAGGCCAAGGUCCUAGAGGUGGAUGUCGAGAAGCGCAAAAUCAGCUUUGGCUUGAAGCCUACGCUGUUUGAGGACGAGGACACAGAUAUGGACUCGGACUCUGAGCAAGGUGCUCCUCUUGUUGAUGAAGACGAUGUUGAUGAUGAAACUGAGGGCGCACUUCUCAAACUCAUUCAAGCUCAAGUCAACGACGACGAUGACGAAGUCGAAGAUGACGAUGACGAAGAUGAAGAUGACGAGGAGGACGAGGGUGAGGAUGAUGAAGUUGAUGGUGAUGGAGACUCGGAGAUGGAGGAUGCCCCUACAGGCGUGGGCUUGGGUGGUGGCAAGUCUGCGUGGACGGCGGAUCCUUUUGCCGAAUCAGGGUCGGAAUCCGAGGGCGAAGCGCCGAGCAAGAAGAUGGACAAGACCAAGAAGCGCAAGAAGAACGAGAUUGAGGUGGACAAGACUGCCGAGCUCGACAGCAACGGCCCUCAGACGUCGAGCGACUACGAGCGUCUGCUCCUGGGCCAGCCCGACUCGUCGGAGCUUUGGAUCGCCUAUAUGGCCUUCCAGAUGCAGGUCAGCGAGCUGCCCAAGGCGCGCGAGGUGGCGGAGCGGGCAACACGCACCAUCAACAUGCGCGAAGAGACGGAGAAGCUCAACGUGUGGGUGGCGUAUCUGAACCUGGAGGUGGCGUACGGCACCAAGGCUACCAUCGAAGAGGUGUUUAGGCGGGCGUGCCAGUACAAUGACCCGCAGGAGGUGCACGAGCGGCUGGCCAGCAUCUACAUCCAGUCGGAGAAGCUCAAGGAGGCCGAAGCGCUAUUUGAAGCCAUGGUGAAGAAGUUUGGGGCCAAGACACCGAAUGUGUGGACCAACUAUGCGCACUUUCUGCACGUCACGAAGGGUGAGCCGGCGCGGGCGCGGGCGCUGCUACCACGGGCAUCGCAGCAACUCGGGAGUGCGCACGCGGCGACGAUUGUGGCGCGGUUCGCGGCGCUCGAGUUCCAUUCGGAGCACGGCGAGCCGGAGCGGGGGCGGACCAUGUUUACGGGGCUGCUCGACACGUGGCCGAAAAAGGGCGACUUGUGGAACCAGCUGCUGGACCUCGAGAUGGGUGUCGAGGGCGGCGACGUGACGGCGGUGCGGGACGUGUUUGAGCGGCGCACGCGGGUGCGGGGGCUCAAGCCGCAGCAGGCGGAGAAGUGGUUCCGGCGGUGGACAGCGUUUGAGGAGGGCGUGGAUCCCAAGGGCAAGGACCGGGUGACGGCCAGGGCGCGCGAGUGGGCGGCGGCGUUCAAGGCCCGCAAGGAGGCGGACGCUGCGGCGGCGGCGGACGAGGACAUGGAGGAGUAG